AUGGCCCGCAAGUCCAAAACCUUCCUCUCUCCAAAGACUCCUUCCGAGGACGCGUUUUCAGAAGACGCCGAAGCAAAGAGAUACGACGAGUUGGAGGCCGAAAACAAAAUGCUCAAGGAACAAGUGACAAAGCAGAAGUUCAUGAUACUCAAGCUCAUCGACGAGCUCGAGUACAUGGAGACCCUUUACAAAAAGAAAGCAGCUAUAGUGGUGGACCCCAUGUCACCUACCAAUUCCGUUUCGUCCAAUGCCUCGUCUAUGGAAACACUUGUUGCCGAAAACAGUGAGAAGGAGAAGAUGAUAAAGCAGCUCCAACUCAAGACCAAACUACUUGAAGCGAACGUCGCGGACUUGCGCAGCCAACUGAAGUCUAAUCUCUGCCAAUACCAACGUAGUCUCUCUAACUUGUCCGACUCCGUGACGAUGAUCACGGAAAACCAGAAAUUUCUUACGCCACCGCCAAGACCCCACAUUGUUCCUAGUUCGCGCUCACUGAACCUCAAACAAUACACGGACGCGGACGCUGGAUUGGCCUGUUUCUUGGCCGCGUGCCGCGCUGCAUUCCGUGCCGAAGAACUCACGGAGCGGCGAUUACAGUCUCCGUCGGGAAUUAUCCGCGUCAAGUCAAGCGAGUUUGACAGCUUCUUUGAAGGAGAGAAGGAUUACUUUCUUGUCUCGUUUCUGACCGCACAAGCAAACCAGAAAUGCCAUCUGUGCCAGUAUUUUCAGCCCGUGUAUGAAGAAGUUGCGCGCUCAUUCUAUGAAUCAAACCCGUCGUUCCAAAAGGUAUUUUUUCUCUCUGUCGAUGCCGGCGACAACAUUGCACACUUCAAGAAAUACAAUAUAAGCACCGUGCCACACCUCUGGAUCUACCCUAUAUCUUCCCUUAUUUAUAAACCUGUUGACAGCGACGAUGAAUUUGACAAAAGAAUCCCAAUGCCGGAGAGCUUAUCUAUCGUCAGCGAACAUUACACCUAUCCAAUAUCGGACACCAUCAAGCAAGCGGACCAGGAGCUCCGGUUUGCCACAUUUUUGGGGGAGCUCACCCAGACCAAAAUUGUGAUCAACAAGCCAAUGGACUUGGUGCUGGCAUUGAAGUACUGCGCGGGCUUUUUCGUUCUGUUUAGAAUUUUGAGGUCGAGAAAACAGAAGGUGCUCGACAAAAUAAGAAAUGGAACAGCGCUUCUGGUGCUGAGCGUCAUAGCAAUAUACAUCUUCUUUUCCGGCGUGAACUUUGCUGUGCAAAGAAACGUGCCAUUCCUGGUCAAAGACAAAGAUGGUAGCCUCAAAUAUCUGACCCCUGGAGUCCAGAACAUGAUCGGAGCCGAGGUCACGUUGUCGAUAGCGUUCCAGAUGAUAUUUUCGCUUCUUCUAUGGCUCCUAAUUCAGGGCAUCCCACGGAUACCGAAGGAAAACCGGCCUGUUGGCAUGCUCCUUUUUGCUGGCAUGCUCUUCAUCAUCUACAACUUAUUCACCAGCAUGUUCAAGUCAAAAGAUCCCGGUUAUCCAUUCACAUACCUUUAUAUACCUAUUUUCUAG